GGUCAAGAAAACAAUAUGUCAAAAAUCAAAAAUGGUUGUCAGGCUAACAACGUAAACAUAAGUUUUAGAAAAAAAUAAUCAAAUUUUAAUAAUGAGUAACCGAAAUCCAAAUACUUUAAUGAGUGUUCCGGAUGAACAAUUCGAUUAUCUUUUCAAAAUCGUACUCAUCGGUGAUUGUGGUACAGGAAAAACAUGUAUUGUGCAACGAUUGAAAUCCGGAAAUUUUAUUGAAAGGCACGGAAAUACAAUAGGCGUAGACUUUUCUAUGAAAACUUUAAUUGUCGACGGAAAGAGGGUCAAGCUUCAAAUAUGGGAUACGGCGGGACAAGAGCGGUUUCGUACAAUUACUCAAAGUUAUUAUCGCUCAGCAAAUGGAGUAAUUAUAGUGUAUGACAUAACAAAGAGGUCCACAUUUUUGUCAUUACAAAAAUGGAUUGAAGAAGUGAGAAGGUACACUUCAUCCAAUGUUAUUGUCUCACUGAUUGGCAACAAAUGUGAUCUGACAGACCAGCGUGAAGUAGAACCAGAUGAACCAAAAUCCUUCUGUCGAUAUGUACCAGAGAUUAUGUUUGUGAUGGAAACAUCUGCUAAAGAUAACACUAAUGUUGAAGAUACAUUCCGCAGUUUGGCUACAGAGUUAAAGAGACAACAUGACAAGAGUGAAGGGCCACCUCCAGAUCAGGACUCAGUUGUUCUCGGUGAUAGCCAUUCCAUCAGCAGGUGUCAACCUUGCCGUUCAUCAUGGUAGACUUGCCCGGUAUUUACCAUUGAUAUAAUCAACAUAAAAUAUCAAAUUUUUUUUCUGGCUAUGUUAAUAGUUACGUCACAAUAGUCACAAGUGGAGAGCUUUAUCGUUGGUUAAGUUUUUUACAAUAGUUAGAUGAAAUAACAUAGUUAAGUAA